GUUGUGUUAAGACAACUAAGGUGGUUUCACGUACGUCCACAAUCCCUAAAACAGCAUCUUUUUCUCUCUCCACUUUCAUCAUUUUAUUUGGUACUUUUCUCUCUUGCAUGUGUGCUUCACUUGCAAGAAUUGAAUCCACAGUCAUGGCCAAUUCUCAAGCAGCUUCUGAUAGCAUGGACAGUGUGUCUCGCCGUCGUGUUCACCACUGGAGAGAAACCGAAGAUGAUAAGCUCCGCCAACUUGUUCAACAACGUGGACCCAAGGAAUGGAAGGAAAUUGCUCAACAUAUGGAUGGACGAACUGGCAAGAGCUGCAGAUUAAGGUGGGUGAACCAUCUUAAUCCCAAGCUCAACAGAAACCCAUUUACAAAGGAGGAAGAAGAGACACUGCUUGCAGCUCACAGGUACUAUGGGGCAAGAUGGGCAAGUAUAGCGAGACACUUCCCUGGUCGAACUGAUAAUUUUGUGAAGAAUAGUUGGCAUGUUGCUAUUGCCAGAAAGAGAAAGGAAGAGUUCAGGAGGAGAAUCGUGCAAGAGCACAACAACCGUGCAAGAAACAACAAUGGUUGGAUCUACUUUACUAUCUUUGGAUCCACCUUUCCUCUGAUGUAUCCACAUGGGAAUGAGCAAAGGGUCAAUGCUGCUCCAGAACACUUUGCAAGGAUGAAUGACAACUUUGGAGGUUUGCUUGAUAACUCAGCAUCAGCAUCAGCAUCAGCAUCAGCAUCUGCAUCUGCAUCUGCAUCUGCAUCAUCAUCAUCUGCUUUCACCAAGUUUAGGGCUUCUUCUUCCUCUGAGGGAGGACAUGCUGAUGAGGAGUCAGAUGAUGGUGGACGCAAAGAAAUUCCUUUCUUUGAUUUUCUUGGUGUUGGUCACCAGUGAUGUGUUGUUUCUAAAUAACUUGUUGUGUGGCUUGGGAUCUCUUUAUUUCUGGCAUGUUUUCGCUUUGUUGUGAUUUCGAAACUCUAGACUAUGUGUGUUCGUGUCUGCAUGAGACUUAUUAUUAUUAUCGUUUGUGUUUGAGAUUUGUGAGACUGGUGAAAACAAAGAUUCAACUCUUUGUUCUU